AUGUUGGACGAGAAUCUUCCCACUUUCUACCUAAGCAACGACAAGAAGAAACAAUCCAACCAUAUUCUAUUCACACAGCACGGUAACGAAUCCGAACCGGCAUACACAUUGCGCCGCCUCGAUCCCGCCGAACCUUCCUCACGAAACCGCUACGCCGUUGCCCUCUUCGACCCUUAUAUCCCCGAUGUGUUGUACGGAGAGGUUCUCAUAACACCAGAAUGGACACAACCAACUCUAUCCGCAGAAGCGAUUCGUCAGAAUGGAGGCGUACCUCCUCCACCGGAACCGAUACUGCCAUCGCAGUUCACCGUUCAUCUAUACAACCCCGACCAAGAGGUCAUAGUACGUCAUAAACCCAAGACAUGGAAUUCGCAGCCGUCGUGGGAGUUUGAAAUGCCUCAGCAGUCUUUUAAGCAACCCUCGAAUUCUACUCUGGAUCAGGUACAAUCAGGCCCGGCCGCAUCGGACCUGACCCCCAAGCUCAAAUUCGUAUGGAGAAAGGAUGGGUCGCUGUCCAAGGAUUUUGCAUGUUAUUUGUCGGGAAAGACCACGACUCCCGACGAUCGGAAGAAGAGCAAGGAGCCGGAUAUUACUAUUUCCAUACUCAAGGGAUUGCGGGAAAUUACUCUCUAUGAACCGAACUUAUACCGAGUGGAAAUGGAAGACUUUAAAGGUCUAGAGGUCGUGUUGAUGCUAGGCGCCGUCGUCAUUCGAGAUGUAUUUUUUGCUCCGCUCAAGGAUGCCUUUAAUGUUGUUGGUUCUCCUACCUCAUCGAGGACGAAUUCGGCAACGGCGGAGGUACCCUCUAUUCCAAGCAAUAGCACCAAAAUACCUGCAGCAGUUGCGAAUGCGAAUGGUAGUAUUCCACCUCGGCAGCCCACUACUACCACGAUACCACUGCGCAACACCAGACCACCACCACCAAGUCAACCGAACUUGGACCCGCGCACGAAAUGGGAGAUUGACGCCGAAAAUGCUCGCAUCAAACAGCAAGAGGACCUUGCAAGAAGAGAAAGACGCCGCAAGGCCGAGGAAGAGGAGCGCAGAACCAAGAAAUUGAUCGAAGCCGAGCAGAAAGCGCAACGAAAGAGACAAGCAGAAAUCGACAAAGAAACGGAACGAUUGAAGAAAGUGUAUGGAAAGGAAGAUGAGAAAAGUCGUCAGCAAAGACCGAAUCAACCGAACCAUUCUCAUCACCACUCUGCCGGUCCAGCUAUUAGGGUAUCGUCUUAUACAAGUCCGACUCAUCAGGCUCGAUACUCACAUUAUAUGCCUGCUCCACCACCGCAACCCCCGCGACCAGGUCCAUAUAUGCAGUCAUCCGCUGCCCAUCAUUCUUCUAUUAGCUUGCGACCAGCCCAACCUCAUCCGCGACCUCAGUCUUCCAUGUCCUAUCUCGGAGUUGCACCGACAGCGUCAAGUCCAGCGAUUCCACGAUUGAAGGAGCGGAGAAGCAUUUUUGGCUUUUUGAAGACGUCAGAUGGUGAACCAAACCGAUUGAGUAAAAAGAAGAGUUCGGUUUUUUGA